AUGGCUCCUUCUCCGGCAGCAGGCAAGGCCACUGGUGGCGCCCCCAAGACUCCUACCAAGUUGGGAAGAAAGCCCCAGAGUCAAACCAGCCAGCCCCCUAAACUCGGACAGCAGGCAGCUUCCGGCGCAAGAAAAGCAUCCGCCCCCGAGGGUGCUAAGCAGCCAGAAACUCCUCAGCUUCCUGAGAAGCCUGAAGCUGGUGACGUGCAACAAAAAGCCGGUGAGGCCGCGCAAGGUGCACAGGAAAAGGCUGGCAAGACCGCCGAAGACGCUAAGAGCAAGGCCGAGGGCGCUGCCGAAGAGCCCAGCAAGGGCCCUCUGAGCAAGGUCUCCCAGGCUGGAGACAACGCCAAGGGCCAGCUCGAGGAGCAAGCUCCUCAACCAAUUGACGACUCUAACGAUAACGACACUGCUGCCGGUGCAGAAGACACCGCUGAUGAUGACGACACCGAAGACACUGCCGACGACGACAAGACCGUCAAGGCUGGUGACGAAGCUGACGACAAUGACGAUGAUGUUCAAGACACCACCGGCAAGGUGGCUGACGACGCCCAAAAGACUGGCAAGCAGUCCGGUGGUAACCUUCUCAAGGGCGCCAAGGGUCUUGCUGGCAAGGCCUCUGGUCUUGCUGGAAAGGCUGCUCAGGACCCCAAGAAGGCUGCUCAGGACGUCCCCAAGGACGCCCAAGAGACCGCAGAAGAUGUCAAGGAUACUGCCGAAGACACUGCUGAGGAUGCCGCUGAGAGCGCUCAAGACACUGCCGACGACGCCAAGAAGGACACUGCCGAAGACGCCACUGAGCAGGUCAAGGACACUGCUGAGGACACCGCUGAGCAGGCAGAGGAUGCCGCAGGUGAUGCCACCGACAAAGUCGGCGAGACCGCAGAGGACACCAAAGACACCGCUGAAGACGCCGCCGAUGGCGAGCUUCCCGAGAUCAACGACAUUAGCGAUCUCCCUGUCGACCUCUCUGUGCUAAAGGGCCUCGAGGUUGCAGAGGACGGUAUCGUCUCUGAUCAAGAUGGCAACCCCAUUGGCAAGCUUGCUGAGGGUGAUGCUGAGGAUCUUGCUGGUUACCCAAUCGGCGAUGACGGCGAGAUUCUUGAUGACGAUGGUGAUCUUGUCGGACGUGUCGAGCUUCUUCCUGAGCAGGUCAAGAAGCAGAUGGCCGACCUCAAGAGCAAGGGUGAACUUCCUGAGGGCGCCGAGAAGUUUGUGGGCGACCUUCCCGACACCGACGACAUUGAGAAGCCCAACCUCGCCAUCUUCAAGGGCCUCACCUGUGAUCCUACUGGUAACAUCUUCAACGACGAGGGUGACACUAUUGGUCAAGUCACCGACGGUGACCCGCAAGAGCUCAUGAACGCUACUCUGAACGAGUACGGCGAAUUCAUUGACGAGGAUGGCAAUGUCAUUGGCCACGCCGACAUCCACCCUGAUGCACCAGAGGACAUCUACGACCAAGUCCAGCAGGCUGCCGAUGAUGCUCAGGAUGCCGCUGACGACGCUCAAGACAACGCUGAAGAUACCGCCAAGGCCGCUGACAAGGUCGACGAGGCCGCUGACCACGUGGAUGAUGCCGCUGAUGAUGUCAAGGAUGCUGCUCAAGACAUUGAGGAUGAGCUUCCUGGCAUCGAGGCUCUUCAAGGCAGAGAACUCAACAAGGCCGGCGAGGUCGUUGAUGACCAAGGCGAGGUUCUUGGCCAGAUCGACGACGAGUCUCUCAAGGAGAAGCUCGAGUCUGGCGAACUCAAGGCCGAAGACCUCAAGAUCAACGAGGAUGGCGAAGUCGUCGACGCUGACGACAACGUCCUCGGCAAGGUCGGUCUCGCUGAAGGCGCUGCCGAAAAGCUUGGUGGUCGUCUCCCUUCCCUCGACCUCCGCAUUCUUGAUGGCAGAAAGGUCAACAAGAAGGGCAAGAUCCUUGACGACGAAGGUGACGAGAUUGGUGAGCUCGCUGAGGGCGACCCCAAGGAGUGUGCCGGCAAGAAGGUCAACGACAAGGGUGAAGUUCUUGACCAGAAUGGCAAGGUCAUUGGUAAGGUCUCCGUCGUUCCUGGCGAGGCUGCUGAGAACGCCACCAAGGAGCUCCAAACCGAGCUCGGCGAGAACGUUCCUGAUGAGGAGCAGGGUGAGGACGAGGAGCAAGCCGAUGAGGAGGAAGAGCCUCAAGGUCCUCAGUUCAAGAUCCCUGACCUCGACAUCCUCGAGGGCCUCAAGGUCAACAAGAAGGGCAAGAUCCUCAACGAAGAUGGCGAGGAGAUUGGCGAACUUACCUCUGGCGACCUCAGCGAAUGUGCUGGCAAGAAGGUCAACGACAAGGGCGAGGUUCUCGACGCCGAAGGCAAUACCAUUGGUCGUGUCAAGGCCCUGCCUCAAGAGAUCCCUCAGGAAGAGCUCGAAGAAGCCGAGGAGGCUGCCGACAAGGCUGAAGAUGCUCAAGACGCCGCCGAAGACGCCGAGAACGCUGAAGAGGGCGCUGAGAACGCUGAGGAGGGCGCCGAGGAUGCUGCUGAAGACGCUGAGUCCAACUUGCCUCCUCUCUCUGUCCUUGAGGGUCUCCAGGUCAACAAGUCCGGAAAGAUUGUCGACUCCAACGGUACUGUCGUUGGUGAGCUUACCGAAGGUGACGCCAAGAAGCUCUCCAAGUCUGGUGUCAAGUGUGACGACCAAGGUCAGUUCUGGGACGACAAGGGCCAUGUUAUUGGUCGUGCCAAGACCGUCCCUGUUGAGGAAGACGAGGAGUCUCCUUUCGCUGGUCUUGAUGGCCUGAUUGUCGUCAAGGACGGUUGGGUUGAGGAUGAGAACGGCAACCGUGUCGGUCAACUCGUCGAGGGCGACCCCAAGAAGCUUGUUGGUCGUGCUGUUGACGAGGACGGUGAUAUUCUCGACAAGAAGGGUUCAGUCGUUGGUCAUGCCGAACGCUACGAGGAAGCUGACCAGGAGCCCGAGCCCGAAGAAGAACCCGUCGACCUUUCCAGCCUUGCUGGCAAGACCGUGAACAAGGCUGGCUUUGUCAUUGGUGACGAGGGUGUACCUGUCGCUCGUCUGGUUGAGGGCAAGGCCAAGGAACUCGCAGGCAAGAAGCUUGAUGACCAAGGUCAGAUCUGGAACGACCAAGGCAAGGUCAUUGGCCGCGUCGAGAUGAUCCCCGAGGAUGAGCGCGAGUCCAAGCCUGACGGUCCCUUCGCUGGUCUCCAAGGUCUUCGCGUUGUUGCCGACGGCAAGGUCGCUGAUGAGGAUGAGAACAUCGUUGGUGAGAUUGUUGAGGGCAAUGCCAAGCGUCUGAUCGGUCUUGCUGUCGACGAGGAUGGCGACGUCAUGGACAGAUAUGGCAACGUCAAGGGCCAUGCCGAACCUCUCGAGGAAGAGGAGGAGGAAGGUCCUGUCGACAACUCUCUGCUCAAUGGCAAGAAGCUGAACAAGCAAGGCUUUGUUGUUGACGAGAAGGGUAUCCCUGUUGGUAAGCUCCUUGAGGGCAACGUCAAGGAGCUUGCUGGUCGUCUUUGCGACGAGAACGGCGACAUCCACAACGAUACUGGAAAGGUCGUUGGACACUGCGAAGUUCUUCCUGAGAAUGAGCGUGUCUCCAGGGCCGAGGGACCCUUCGCUGGCCAUGAGGGUCUUCGUGUUAACAAGGAAGGUUUCGUUGUUGAUUCCGAGGACAACGUUGUCGGAAAGGUCACCGAAGGUGAUGUGAAGAAGCUUGUUGGCCUCCAGGUUGAUGAGGAUGGCGACAUCAACGACAAGUACGGCAACGCAAAGGGCCACGCUGAGCCUUACGAAGAAGAGGAAGCUGCCCCCAUCGACAACUCGAUUCUCGACGGCAAGAAGCUCAACAAGCAAGGUUUCGUUGUCAACGAAGACGGCAUCCCUCUUGGUAAGCUUGUCGAAGGUAACGUCAAGGAACUCGCCGGUCGCCGCUGCGACGAAGAAGGCAAGAUUCAUGGCGAUACUGGCAAGGUCGUUGGUCGUUGUGAAGUUCUCCCUGAGAACGAACGUGUUGCCAGACCUGAGGGUCCCUUCGCCGGACUCGAAGGCCUCCAUGUCAACAAGGAGGGCUACGUCGAGGAUGCUGAGGGUAAUCGCGUCGGUAUCAUCACCGAAGGUAACGUCAAGCGUCUCGUAGGCCUCUCUGUUGAUGAGGAUGGUGACAUCAGCGACAAGUAUGGAAACACCAAGGGCCACGCUGAGCCUUGGGAGGAGGAGGAGCAGACCCCUGAAGAUCUCUCUGCGCUCGCUGGCUGCACUGUUAACAAGGCUGGUAACGUCGUCGACUCUUCCGGUACUAUCAUUGGACGUGUCUCCGAAGGUGACCCGUCUACCAUGGUCGGCAAGAAGGUCGAUGGUCAGGGACAAAUCUGGGACAAUGCCGGAAAUGUCAUUGGCAAGGCCGAGCUCGCCAAGGGUGCCGACACCAAGGCUGAAGGACCCUUCGCCGGUUUCGACAGCAUCACUGUCAACAAGGAGGGAUACGUUGUUACUCCUGACGGUAGCAUCGUUGGCCGCAUUACUGAGGGCGAUGUCAAGAAGCUUGUCGCUCACAAGGUCGACGAGGACGGUGAAAUCCAAGACAAGAAUGGUAACCUCAUCGGCAAGGCCGAGAGAUGGGAGCCUGAAGAGAAGGAGAGAAAGAUCAACCCCAUGUCCGGUCGCCGCGUCAACAAGGAGGGCGAAGUCCGUGACGAGAACGGCGAUGUCAUGGGCAGACUUACCGCUGGUGACCUCGGACACUGCGUUGGUCUCGAGGUUGAUGACAACGGCUACGUCGUCGACAAUGAUGGCAACAAGGUCGGUGAGGUCACUCUCAUCGGAAACAUUAUUGAAGACGAGGAGAUUCCUGAGGAGGAACUCACCGAAGAAGAGAAGGAAGAGCGCCGCAAGAGAGAGGAGGAGCGACAGAUCGCUGAGAAGAUGGGCACCAUCUGCACGCAGACUCUUGAGAGAGUCCAGCCUAUCUGCAAGCAGAUCACCGAUCACAUCGAAGCCGCCGACCGUACCCCACGUGAAGAGUUGGACGAGGAAGAUUUGGUCAACAAGGUCAAGCCUCUUAUCGAAGAGGGUGGUCGUAUCCUGCAAGAGUGCAACGGCUCUCUGCGUGGCCUCGACCCCGACGGUCACAUCGCCGCUCAAGCCAAGGGUCGUGCCGGCACCAAGGAGGCCACUCCCGAGGAGUACCGCCUGGCCGACACUCUCAAGGAGUUGACAGAGACCGUCGUCACCACUAUCGACAACGCAAAGAAGCGCAUCAGCGACAUGCCUCACGCCAAGAAGAAGCUGAACCCUCUCUGGGGUCUCAUGACACAGCCUCUCUUCCAGAUUCUUGCUGCCGUCGGUCUCUUGCUGACUGGUGUCCUGGGUCUGGUUGGCCAGCUGCUCAACGGACUUGGAUUGGGUGGACUCGUCAAUGGUCUGCUCGGUGGACUCGGCAUCGACAAGUUGCUCGGUGGUCUUGGUCUCGGCAGCGUUGCUGAUUCUCUUGGCCUGGGCAAGAAGGACAAGAAGAAGAGCGGUGGUGGUGCUAGCAGUUUGCCAAUUGUUGGCGGUCUGUUCGGCAAGAAGUAA